UCUUCCGGCUCAGGUCCUCAGAGCCGCUGUCUGCGGGACUGGUGCCCGGAAGUUCCCGGAAGUGGCCGGGCCUCAGGCUUCUGCUGCGGCUCGGGUAAAAUGGCGGUGGCCGCUGUGUUCCCGGCCCUUGCGCGGAUGCUUCCUCUGUCAAGGCGCCACCUAGUGUCUCCUUCACUCAGAGUGACAUCAUUCAGACGCUGCUACAGAGGUGACAGCCCGACAGAUUCCCAGAAGGACAUGAUUGAAAUCCCUUUGCCUCCGUGGCGGGAGCGAACUGAUGAAUCCAUAGAAACCAAAAGAGCCCGGCUGCUCUAUGAGAGUAGAAAGAGGGGAAUGCUGGAAAACUGCAUCCUACUUAGCCUCUUUGCUAAGGCACAUCUGCACCACAUGACAGAGAAACAACUGAACCUCUACGAUCGCCUGAUUAAUGAACCCAGUAAUGACUGGGAUAUCUACUACUGGGCUACAGAAGCAAAACCAGCCCCAGAAAUAUUUGAAAACGAAGUCAUGGCCCUGCUGAGAGACUUUACUAAGAACAAAAACAGAGAGCAGCGACUGCGGGCCCCAGAUCUCGAAUACCUCUUUGAAAAGCCACAUUGAGCUGAGCGCCACUGCCUGCCUGGCCUCUGUCUGCGGAUGCUCACUGCUUAUGAUGGGUAUUGGCCUUGAUGUCCUGCUUCUCCUUAGAUGCUCAGCCCACCCAGACCGUUGGUCCUGUCUCCAGUGAUGGACCCGCCUCUCUCCUGAGGACAUGUAAAUGUUCAGUGUAUCUCAUUCUAAGACCCUGUGGUUCCGUUCUAAGCCUCAAAGCGGUUUGUCUAAGUUACCGGUGUUCGGGCCUGACUUUCUCUGGCUCCACAGGAGGGCACUGUAGGGGAAGCGGCUGUGCCAGCUCGUUGCUUCAGCCAGAAGUGAGCUCAGUGCAGAGGGGCAGCCAGCUCUGCAUGCUGUGUGGAAAGCUCCCCAGGUGACCCAGGGCUUUGUUCCAGUGAAAUUCCCCCUUCCAACCUGGGAUGGUUCUUUCUGCCAAGGGAAGCUGAUCCAAGCCCCCUGAGCGGAAUCCUUCAAAGGCCCAGCGGGCAGAAUGAGGGCAGUGGGCAGGAACGGUGUGGGCUUGCUGCUCAAGAGUCGGCAUCCUCAUCAGAUUUUCUCUAAAAUGCUCACUUUGUAAACUGAACGAUAAUUGAAUAUUAAAGAGUAUUUUAAAAAGGAAAAUCACAA